CUACUGUAGUUAUUCUCGGUAGGACAGGAAUUUCUUGCAAGGAUGCAGCGGUCUGCUGAGGUUGUGGGCGCGUUGCAUCGCGCCGGCGCGCUCCUGGGCGCGCCUAGCUCUGCUCGGAACCUGAGCACGCUGGUGGAGAAGUUCACUUUCGGCAGUCCGGUGGACGGUCCAACAUCCAGCCUUGGAAGCAAUAUUAAGAUCAGCGCCAAGGCAAGCGCAAAGGGCGUUGAUGUGUCGGUGUCAGCCGGGGCCGGAAGCGCAAAGGCAUCAUACGCAUCGUCGGAUUUGCGCAAAGUGGCAGCAAAGCCGCUUGUUCUUCAGGAUGUUACCAGAAUUUCCACAGCCCACAGCUCUUUCAUGAGCUACUUGCUGUCCCUGACGCAUGAGCGCUACUCGGUCCUUGCAUCUUGGCCGGACUUUACCAAGGCGUACGGCAAGGACUACUACUACCGGGCUCACCCUGAUGAUCUGCGGAAGUUCUACUCGAUGGUGGAUGAGUUCCAUCGCAUGUGGGAUGUGGUGACGGAGUUUGGAAGCCUCUCGGGUCUGGCAGGCCAGCUGGUGCCAGGCUACCGCGUGCGCCGCCAUAACACGGUACACCCCGCCUUGGGACCGGCUACUGCGGACGGCGCAGUGGUGCAGUUCCUUUUGGCUCACGCUGAGGUGCGGGAAUGAAUCUGGUCGCAAGAGCUGCUGUGGUGCACGUGGUCUGCUCAACCGCUUUUCAUGCGGUGCGUUUAAACUGUGACGUCGCCAUGGCGAGCUGUGGAUAUUCCCUUGUUGGAAUUUUCAGAGGGAAACACCAAUGGAGGUUGAAGGGUUACUACUAUCCUUUUCGCAGAAAGCAUAUCUCAGAAUAGCAUUACCGAGUAACGCCAUGCAAUGC